AUGUCCGACAACAACAGCCCCACUGCCGCCGCACCCACGGGAACUGAGCGACCCCAGGAGCCCGGUCAGGGAGCUGCCGCCGAGACGACCGCGGCCGGUGCGAAUGAGGGCGAUGUCGCUGCGGCGGCCGCAAUUGCGGCUGAAGAGGAUGCGGACGACAACGUAUCGCUGAAUGGUGGCAGUGUCGCGCGCUCUACCUCAACCGUCGCAGAAUCGAUAUUUGAGUCCAGGCUGGAGAAUGGAAGGACUUACCACAGAUACAAGGACGGGAGUAUGCGCACAUCCGAGCCCUACGAGAUCGAGCAAAGGCUGAUUCAAGCAGAGUACUGGGCACCUAAUGAUGACACAGAGCUGGACAGACUCGACCUUGUACACAAUCUCUACCUUCAGACUUUUGACUAUGCCCUGGGAACUGCGCCGCCCAAUGAAAAGAACUCGAAAGUCGGACGUGUCUUGGAUGCCGGCACCGGCACUGGCAUGUGGGCGAUCGAAUUCGGGGAGGACCACACCGAUGCCGAGGUCAUUGGCGUUGACUUGUCUCCUUCUCAGCCCGAGUUUGUCCCCUCUAAUGUUCGUUUCGAGAUCGACGACAUCGAGGAGCCGUGGACUUUCAAUGAGCCCUUUGAGUAUAUCCACAGCCGGAUGAUGAAGGGUAGCAUUCGUGAUUGGAGAAAGUUCAUCCAGAGUUGCUUCGAUAAUCUCACUCCCGGAGGAUAUCUUGAGCUGAACGAUAUCGACUUCUUCCCAAAAACAGACGAUGACACCAUCCCGAAGGACAGCAAACUUAUGCGGGCUUUUUCUCUCUGCUUUGAGGCGCUAGAAAAGCUCGGGUCCCCAUUUGAAGACGUCAGCCACUUUGAGAGCAUGCUCACAGAGAUCGGGUUCGAAGACGUUAACGUGAAACGGUUUAAAUGGCCGACGAACUCUUGGCCCCAGGACAAGAAGCACAAGAACCUAGGAGCAUGGAACAACGAGAAUCUUUCGCCUAAUCUGGAUGGACUUCUCAUGGCUCCGUUGACGCGAGCUUUGGAUAUGUCCAAAGCAGAGGUUCACAUAAUUGCGAUGGAGGCUCGAAAAGAGCUUAACGACACACGCAUCCACGCUUAUUUCAAUGUCUGGUCGAUCUACGGACGGAAGCCAUUGAGAACCGGGGACAGCCAGCCCCCGGUUGCAUGA